CUGCAAAACUAUAAAUAAAACCAAAAUUUUGUAAUCCAAACUAGGAAGGGGAGAGAGCCCAGUCUAGUUGGAGGAGAUGCCAUCCCUACCCCAGAAGGCAGAGGAAGCCCCCAGGAGCAACCUCAGCUAAAACGAGAAAAUCAAAAUUUCAAAAACUCUCAGAAAAUUUUCUCUUUCUAGAAGUUCUAGAGAGAGUUGAUUGUUGCAUAGAGGCUCUAUGUACAUUCUUAAUCAGUGAUUAAACAUAUUCUAAAUUUAUUCUCUUAUAUUCUAAAUCAGCCAUUAAACCUAUUCUUCUAUAUAGAAAAAUUACUGUCUUUGAAAAAAUAAAAACAUUUUUCUUUGCAAGGUUAACAAAGUCACAGAACCAAUCAACCAUAUCAUGAAGCGUAUAAAGGAUACAUAUUUUAUAAUUUGUUUGCUAAUAUUUUUAGCUUUUUAUUGAGCUUUUAGACGUGAUUAUAAAGCUUUUAAAAAAUAAAAUUUCAAUUAAAUUUAUGUUUAAAUUUUAUAAUUUUGAUCAAGUUAAUACCUCCCUUAAUUAGAAAAAGGGGCUGCAUGGGCCAAGUAAGAUAAAUAAGGGCUUCAAUUCCUACGGUGAGAAACGCAGCCUACAACUACUCUUCCACCUUUACGGAUUUACCUGUUCUGCUGAUCUGUUCCUCUUGCUGUUGGCUUUUGUUUCAGAAUUUCGCUCCCUCACAUGGCAUCAAGUCCUAGUGAUUGUGGGUUUUUGGAAAUAGUUCAACAACUCUGUUACCAGACCCAGGAGUAUUUUCAUUUUAAAGUUUCAAUCUUGCAAAAUUUCGGGGAAUUGCGUACAACGUUUGAUGGUCUUUGGUUCUCUCUGGUGGUGUCGGCAGGUGAUGUUAUAUUAGUCUUCUCGUGGAGUUGGUGAAGUGAUCUCGAUUUUUCUGUGCAAAGAGUUUUAGGAAAAUGGCAAAGAUGGUUGUGAAAUCCAUUGCUUCAAAGCGAUCAAUAUCAACUUGGACUCGUCUCUGUCAGAGAAUUAAGCAAACAGAAAAUGAAAUAGUCCAAAUGUUUCGGCUACCCAGUCUGAAGGUUGAGAAGCAAAACUUGCCCAUGCAUCCAAAGAUUUCGAGGAAGAACACUUCAGUUCGGAUAUUGGAUGAGAGAUUCAUAAGGAUUCUGAAGAUAUUCAAGUGGGGACCUGAUGCUGAAAAGGCAUUAGAGGUGCUAAAGCUGAAAGUUGAUCAUCGGUUGAUUCGUGAUGUUCUGAAGAUAGAUGUGGAGAUUAAUGUGAAAAUCCAGUUUUUCAAGUGGGCUGGGAAAAGGAGAAACUUUGAGCAUGACUCCACUACAUACAUGGCUUUAAUCCAUUGUUUGGAUGAAGCUAGAUUGUAUGGUGAAAUGUGGAAGACAAUCCAAGAUAUCGUUAGGAGUCCAUGCAUUAUGGGUCCUGCUGAUUUAUCUGAAGUUGUUAAAAUAUUAGGCAAUGCCAAGAUGGUGAACAAGGCACUAUCCAUAUUUUACCAGAUUAAAGGUCGCAAAUGCAAACCAACGGCAAGCACUUAUAACUCUAUGAUUUCGAUGUUGAUGCAAGAAGGCCACUAUGAGAAGGUCCAUGAACUUUACAAUGAGAUGUGUAAUGAAGGCAGUUGUUUUCCAGACACUAUAACAUAUAGUGCACUUAUUUCAGCUUUUGGGAAAUUGGGUCGAGAUGAUUAUGCAAUGAGGUUGUUUGAUGAGAUGAAAGAUAGUGGCCUACAUCCCACUGCUAAGAUUUAUACAACCUUGUUGGGAAUUUACUUUAAGUUAGAUAAGGUUGAGAAAGCUUUGGAUUUGAUCCAGGAGAUGAAAAAUAAGGGUUGCACCCCUACUGUCUUUACUUACACAGAGUGGAUUAAGGGCCUUGGAAAAGCUGGGAAGGCUGAUGAUGCUUACAGUGUGUUCUUGGAUAUGUUAAAGGAAGGCUGCAAGCCUGAUGUUGUGGUCAUUAACAAUUUGAUUAAUAUUCUGGGCAAAGUAGGUCGUUUGGAAGAUGCACGUAGGCUUUUUAACCAAAUGGGGGCUUGGCAGUGUAAACCAAACGCGGUAACUUAUAAUACUGUAAUUAAGGCUUUAUUUGAAUGCAAAGCUCCAGCUUCUGAGGCUGUUUCAUGGUUUGAGAAAAUGAAAGCAAACGGUGUUACUCCUAGCUCAUUUACUUACUCAAUUCUUAUUGAUGGCUUUUGCAAAACAAAUAGAGUUGAGAAAGCUUUAUUGCUUUUGGAAGAGAUGGAUGAAAAGGGUUUUCCUCCUUGUCCAGCUGCAUAUUGCAGCCUGAUAAACAGUCUUGGGAAGGCAAAACGAUAUGAAGCUGCAAAUGAGUUAUUUCUAGAGUUGAAAGAGAAUUGUGGAUGCACAAAUGCUCGUGUAUAUGCUGUAAUGAUCAAGCAUUUUGGGAAGUGUGGUCGUCUUACUGAUGCUGAAGGUCUUUUUAAUGAAAUGAAGAAACUUGGAUGCAAACCUGAUGUGUAUGCUUACAAUGCUCUCAUGUCGGGGCUGGUGAGAGCUGGCAUGAUAGAUGAAGCUCAUUCCUGGCUUAGAACCAUGGAAGAAAAUGGCUGCUCUCCAGACAUAAACUCUCAUAAUAUUAUCCUAAAUGGCUUGGCUAGGACAGCUGGCCCCAACCGGGUAAUUGAAAUGUUCACGAAGAUGAAACAUUCUAUGACCAAGCCAGAUGCAGUUUCUUACAACACUCUUCUUGGCUGUCUGAGCCGCGCUGGUAUGUUUGAGGAAGCUGCAAAGCUUAUGAAAGAGAUGAAUUCAAAUGGAUUUGAAUAUGAUCACAUCACUUAUUCAUCAAUUCUUGAGGCAGUUGGUAAGGUUGAUGAAGAUGAUGCACCUAAUGUUUUGUGAAAGGGACCUGGCAUCGUCAGAUUAGUUCCUUCAGGCCCAACUGCAAGGUAUGGUGCACUGUGCACAUUACUGUAAUGAAAAUUAAUAUCCCACUGCAAAGACACUGGCUAAUUUUAAUGCAUAAAGUGUUAAGGAGGCCCAUAAACUACAAGGAUGAUGCUCCCAAAAAAAAAAAAAAAAAAAAAAAAAAACUAGAAAGGAUGAUGUGAUGAUCAGCAUUCUUUUGAACAACCAAGCACCUAUAUGAAAUCGCAAGAAUUUUGGUUGAAGGUUGAAGUAGCACAGAACCUUUUUCUGUGGUUUAUUGGAUUUGUCCGGACUUGAUGAACACAUGAAGCCAAACCAGUAGAACUUUUAAUCCUUCAUAUGACUGGGAAACUGUGGAGUCUAUCUCUGCAAGAUUGAUGUCAUGGCUUUUUCCAACUUCAAAAGUGUACCAGACACUGGAAUGGAAAUCCUAGUUCAACUUCAUUCGACAUUGAACUGAAUAUAAAGACUGCUGUGCUGUAUCCAAAGUGGCGAUAAUGUGCAUAAUCUAACUUUCUGAGACCCCCCAUUGACGCAAUUCAUUAUUCUGGGUUUCAAGUUAAUGUAAGUGGGGAAAUGUAUCACGAGAAACUAACAUUAUAAGUUACAAUGUGUAUCAAGGAAAUUGCAGGAUGUGAAGCAGAAACAUAUACAACAAAUGUAAGCACAGUAUUCCUAUUUGGUUAUAA